AUGGGCACAACCGUUGCGACAAACGCUCUCCUUGAGCGCAAGGGUGAGCGCACCGCGUUCCUAAUCACAGCUGGAUUCAAAGAUAUUCUGCAAAUUGGAGACCAAUCCCGACCGUAUAUGUUUGAUUUGACCAUUCGACGACCACAACCACUGUAUUCCGACGUGUUCGAAGUCGACGAGCAAGUUGUGCUCGAGCGCUGCAGUGAUUCCAAUUUGCGAUCUCUGGAACUUCAGCAUCCAAAACCACUACAGACUGUUGUGGGCACUCCUGGAGAAAAAGUGCACAUCAUCAAGCCAUUAGAUGUAGAAGCCACACGUACGUAUCUGCAAAGAAUCUACGCCGAAGGCUUUCGAUCCAUUGCUGUCUGUCUUAUGCAUUCCUACAUCUUCCCGGACCAUGAGCUUCAGGUCAAAGAAUUGGCAAGGGAAGUGAAAUUCGAGCAUAUAUCUGUGUCGCACCUGGUGUUCCAGCGGCCAAAGAUCGUCCCGAGAGGAAAUUCCACCGUUAUUGAUUCCUACCUCACCCCAACAAUUGAAGGAUACCUCUCGCAGCUCAGUGCCAGUUUCCCUAGUUUCGACAAUGGGCACACCAAACUGGAGUUCAUGCAAUCGGAUGGAGCUCUAGUGCCGGCUUCCAAAUUAUCGGAAUUGCAUGCCAUUCUUUCCGGACCAGCAGGUGGAGUUGUGGGUUAUGCGCGAACCUCGUAUGAUGCAGAGUCGAAGAUCCCCAUCAUCGGGUUCGACAUGGGAGGCACAAGCACCGAUGUUAGUCGGUACGACGGGCAAUUCGAUCACAUAUUCGAGACCACGGCAGCCGGUAUCCCAAUCCAAGCCCCCCAACUCAACGUAAACACCAUUGCGGCUGGAGGCGGAAGUAUUCUUGCUUGGAAGGAUUCUCUGAUGGCUGUUGGUCCCGAAAGUGCCUCCUCGCAUCUUGGCCCCGCGUGUUAUAGAAAAGGGGGGCCCUUGACGGUGACUGACGCGAACCUGGCGCUUGGAAGACUGGUUCCAGAGCAUUUUCCUUCAGUUUUCGGACCCAACGAAGAUGAGCCGCUGGACUGUGAGAUCGUGCUUGUGAAAUUUCAAGAACUCGCGGAGAUCAUAAACUGCGACAUCGGCAAGUCACUCACAUGGGCUGAGGUGGCAGACGGCUUCCUACAGGUCGCGAAUACGGCCAUGUGUGGCCCGAUACGCCAGUUGACCGAAGGAAGAGGGCAUGAUGCUGCGAAACAUCAUCUAGCUUCCUUUGGUGGUGCUGGUGGACAGCACGCCUGUGCCAUUGCUGAAGCUCUCGGGAUUCGACGUGUGCUAAUCCAUAAACAUUCAUCUGUUUUGUCUGCAUAUGGUAUUGGCUUGGCCGAUGUCGUCCAUGACGAGGAGAGACUAUACGUAAAAGUAUUCGAUAAUUCAACCAAAGACUGCAUCUAUGCGGAUCUUGAGAACUUGUCACAAGUGGCACAGAGCCAUCCGUCGCUGUACCACUUCUCCCAUGUCGACGGCUACAAAUUCCUGUUCAUGCGAUAUGAUGGUAGUGAGACCGCGAUAAUGGUCCCCGUUAAGGACGGCGCCGACCCCAAACAGGAGUUUAUCGAUGUUCACCAUCAACAGUUUGGAUUCAGCCCAGCAGAUCGCAGAAUCUUCGUCGACAAUAUCCGUGUACGGGCUGUGGCGCGAAGUAAUUUUGGCGGCGACACACCACCAAACCUGGCAAAAUCACAGGAUAUCAGCAAGAAGCUUCCUCCCCCAACGCCCGCUUCGACCAAGUCUGUCUACUUCGGGUCUCUUAAAUGGGUGGACAUGCCUGUAUAUCUGCUAGGAUCUCUACCAGCGGGUAUUACCAUUCAAGGCCCAGCUCUAGUAGUCGAUAAAACACAAACCAUCGUGAUCGAUCCUCACUGCUCUGCGACUGCAACCAAGGAUCUCUUAAUACUAGAUGUUGGUUCCCAGAAGAAGCUAGUCAGUGCCACUGCUAUAGACCCUGUUCAACUGUCAGUAUUCCGACAUCGGUUUUACGGAGUAGCCGAGCAAAUGGGACGGGUUCUUCAAAAGAUCAGCGUGAGCGCAAACAUCAAAGAACGAUUGGAUUUUAGUUGUGCGAUCUUCUCUCCGGACGGCUCGCUGGUCGCGAAUGCUCCUAGCGGCCAUCUGUGUGAAGCCAGUCCAGUAAUUGCUCGCGAGUGGGGGAUAUGGGCUAGGGCAGCAAGAACAUCUAGAAUUGUUGUCUAA